AUGAGCCACGUCUGGAUGGUAACGUGCGCAAACGCCUUAAGUAAAACUAAGCUUGUAAACAAAAUGGAGCUUACCGUGAAGGGACGCAGAUGCCUCAUCAUCGAUCCCGACACCAGAGAUGUGAAGCUGAAACUUCUCUGGUUACCUGUACACAUGGAAAACCAGAGAAUCGAAGAGGCACUGGCGCCUUUUGGCACGGUCCGUUCCAUUGUACGAGAAAAAUGGAAGUGCUCCGGAAUGGAGCAAAUGGAAACGCUCAACAAAGAGGUGACCCUGACACUUAGAGAAGGAAUGAAUGCAACGAAUAUUCCACAUCACCUCACGGUCUUCGGCUGUCGAAGCCUGGUGCUCGUCCCUGGUCGGCCACCGCUGUGUCUUCGGUGUAACAGAAUUGGUCACAUCCGUCGUGAGUGCAGAGUCCCGAGAUGCGGCGAGUGCCGACGCUACGGACACGACGCGAGUGAGUGCGUCACCACCUACGCAGACAAGCUGAGGCAGUCGAGAAGCCUAGCAGACGAUGUUGUCCACGAUCAUCUUAUGGACAUCAGCGAAGUCGUUGAUGCCACAGGGGACAUCACCUCUUCCCUUAUCAAGACACAAAGGACCGAGUCGGAAACGUCUACACAGCGACCAGAAGAACUUCGUUCUGACCCCGAGUCUGCCAGCACCUUGCCAGGACUGUCAACACCAACCGAGUGUGUCACGGAAACGAAGAGAGAUUGGUCGGAUAGCGAGUUUCCAUCCCUUAACGCACCACCUGAGUUACCGUGCCAGCAAGCAAUUGCCCGACGCGAACGCGCCACGACGUCCACUGGCACAUCGGUGAAACGACCUGCUCCUACGACGACAAGUAACGCGCAGCCCUCCGCCUCAGGUAUCAUUGCCGAGAGCAAGAACGACGAGGGAAGUGAGGUGAAACGCAAGCCAACUGCGGUGCGAGAGUUCCUCUGCAACAAGACGUCGCAAUCUGAAGCUCUGGACGUGAGGAACGAUGACGAUGUGCUCCCACCCUAACUAGAAACCUUCCUGACAUCACCCCUCAGCUUCGCUACCAUUAACGUGAGAGGACUGUGUUCACGUGCACGGCAGUCUCAAUUGUACAAGCUCCUUUUAAAGGAACAUCUUGACUUUGUUGCUGUUCAAGAGACAAAGAUAUCGUCUGACGAGGAUACUGCUCAUGCACUGGACCCCUUCCUCUCACAUUACGAGGUAUGCGUCAGUCAUGCUGAUGGCUUGUCGGGAGGGUGUUUUUUGUUUUUGAACAAGAACUUAGGGUAUUCAUCACUUUCUCACACUGUCGACGAUAAGGGAAGGUUCAUAUGUUGCGAUUUUCUUUUAUACGGUACCUACUGGCGAUUAAUUUGCAUAUAUGCCUAUAA